AUGUGUGCAAGUAAUAAUGAUAAAGGACGUAAUAAAAGUAAAGCUUCAUAUGGUAAUGUUGAUGAUUGUUUUGUACGUGCAUAUAAUUCUUCAACAAGUUCAAUAAGAAUAUUAUCUGAUGAUGAUAUUAUUGAUGAACUAUCAAUUAUUGUUUGUUCUUUAUUAACAUGUUCAUUAUUUAAUGGAUUUUGUAUUUUUAUUUGGUCGUUGUAA